UGUAGGAAGUGUCUGAAGCCAGUAUCCGAGUCUGUAUACUGGUUUCUGUUGUUUCACGACAACUUUGUGGACUUAACGUACUGCUGUAAAUUAAUUUAAGACUGUCAUGUCAUAAAUAUGUCGAUCAGUUAGAAUGGAUUUUUUGUGAAGAAAAUUGCAAUAUUGCGACGCAAUGGCCAACAUUUGUCCAAUUAAAAAUAUUGCAGAUUUAGUUUCUGAAGCUCGUCGUGUGUACAGGGAAACGUUUGACGGCGAUGAGGCAAAUGUUGCAGUUUGCGCCCCAGGACGCGUGAAUUUAAUCGGAGAACACACUGAUUACAAUGAAGGAUUUGUCCUCCCAAUGGCCUUGCCGAUGGUGACCGUUAUAGUGGGCUGCAAAACUUCGGGCCAGAAGUGCUGUGUUGUAACUCUGACUGAAUCUGCCGAUGAGCCCAGGGUGGUGGACUUUGAUCUCCCAAAUGAUCUGACCCCACUUUUAAGAGGGCAGCCAAACUGGGCCAAUUAUGUAAAGGGAGUUGUACAGCACUACAGAGCACGUCCCAUCCCUGGCUUCAGAGCUGUUAUAGCCAGUAGCGUGCCACUAGGAGGCGGACUCUCCAGCUCUGCUUCACUGGAAGUGGCUGUGUACACUUUCUUGCAGCAGCUGUAUCCAGAUGAUGGGGAUCAGGUAGCGAAGGCAGUGGCCUGUCAGCAGGCUGAACACACUCAUGCUGCUGUGCCCUGUGGCAUCAUGGACCAGUUUGUGUCCGUUAUGGGUAAAGAGGGCCACGCUUUGCUCAUUGACUGCAGGUCUUUGGAGGCUACCGCUGUCCCUUUGGCUGACCCUGGACUUGUAAUCCUGAUUACAAAUUCCAACGUUAGACAUUCGCUCACAGGAAGCGAGUAUCCCACCAGACGAAAACAGUGCGAGGAGGCAGCGGCCGUUUUGGGCAAGAAAAGUCUAAGAGAAGCUACUUUACAAGAUUUAGAGGAUCUGAAUGUAGCUGCCAAGGAUCGAAUGGGCGAUGUGACAUACCGUCGGGCACGUCAUGUGAUCCAGGAGAUUGAACGCACAGAGCGAGCUGCAAAGGCACUGAAGAGCGGGGAUUACAAAGAGUUUGGAAGGCUGAUGGUGGAGAGCCACAAGUCUCUUAGGGAUAAUUACGAGGUCAGCUGUCCAGAAUUGGAUGAGCUGGUGGAGGCGGCGCUGGAGGUGGAUGGAGUGUUUGGGAGUCGCAUGACAGGGGAAGGGUUCGGUGGAUGCACAGUUACUUUGCUUCAGUCUCAUGCCACGGAGAGAGCGGUCAAACACAUUCAGGAGAAAUAUCACGGAUCUCCAACUUUCUUCAUAACUACUCCAUCAGAAGGAGCUCGUGCUCUCAGUCUAUGAUUUUUUUUACCAGUGAUAAACCAGUGAUUUUAUUCAAAUAGCAUGAAAUUUACUGUGAUCUACUACUAACUAAUCACCAGUGUUGGGAAGUAUCUAGUUACAUGUUUUAAUUGCAAAAUCCGUUACAGUUAAUAAAAAAUAAGACUAAAUACAGUUAAGACAAAAUCUGCAAUUAAAUUAAGUUACUUCUGAAAAAGUUAAAGAUUACAAAGGAGGUUACAUCAAAAUGUUUUCAAACACACUACUACAUACAGUUUUAUUUGAUUUACAUAUUUACCUAUUGCAUUUCCAAAGUAACUUUCCCAGCACUGCUAAUCACUGUACACUAAUCAGCAUUUAGAAACCCAAUUCCCACAAUGAUUAACAUUUUCAAUAAAGAGGAUUUAUGCAAUAAA